UCUAGCCAGGCAAGGCUGCUAGCAUAAACAAAAACUAACAGAAGCAAAGAUAGUGUUGUGAUCUCAAUUUCACUUCAAGCUACUAUGGCUUCUUCUUCAUCAUCAUCGCGUUCUCAUUCGAAGUAUGCUGUCUUCUUGAGCUUUAUGGGCGAGACGCGGAGAUCAUUCAGCGAUCAUCUCUACACAAGCUUAUGGGAAGCUGGGGUUGCAACCUUUCGGAAAGGCAAUGAAAUUUCUGAUGAGUUGAAGCAGGCCAUUGAGGGGUCUGAGAUAUCCGUUGUUGUAUUCUCCAAAAAUUAUGCCCAAUCUAGAUGGUGCCUUGACGAGCUGGUGAAAAUGGUGGAGUGUAAACAGAAAUUGGGACGAAAGAUUCUUCCCAUAUUCUAUCAUGUAACUCCUUCGGAGGUUCGCAAACAGACAGGCGAGUUUGGCAUCGCACUGAAUCAACAUAUAGAGCGAUUUGGAGAAGAAAUAGUUAAUGGGUGGAAAGCUGCACUUACUACAGUUGCUGAUUUGUCUGCAUGGGAUUUAGAAAUCAUGAAAGACGGGCAAUUUUAGAUUGUUUUAAUUUAAUUUUUUAUGUGAUAUAUAGUAUGUUAUAUAUAUUUGUCACAGUCUGCACUGUUAAUUAUAUAGGCAAUACUAUCAUAUUAUUAUAUAUAGUAUAUAGUAUAUUUGCUAAUUAAAAUUUGGGGGUUUGGUAAAUUAGCUGAUUGGAUUGGUGGGUUUGACUA